AAACGGCGUAGUAUUUGAACUUUCUCUAUAAAGGCCGGGAAAUGAAAAAUGCAUCUUCACAAUUUUAGACUGGCAAUUCUGUUUAUUUACAUUUACGCACCUCUUUUUAUUGAAGGUGGUUGUCCAACGGAUUUCCCAAUAAGAGUUGGCACAAAAUGCUACCGUUUCCAGACAGACAUUUAUCCAAAUAAAGAUGCAAAAGACGCCUGUCAGCAGUUUGGUGGGAAAAUGGCAGUGAUUGAAAAAAAAGAAGUUCCCCAAAAAAUACAGGAUGCAAUCACGUCUUUUGCAGCUGAAAAAUUAUCAUCUGCUUACUUCUGGAUUGGACUCGAAAUGAAAGAUUUGUCAAGAAGUAAACCUUUAGAUGAUAGGGACUGGACUUUUCACUAUGAUGAGGAGAAAAUUAUGCAGAAGAAUUAUAAAUACUGGGCUGAGCCUCCAGCCGAUGGAAGCCUAAUAUGCGCAGGAGUAAAUGCAUCUUGGAAUUUCAAUAUUCAAGCGGUGGAUUGUGGAGGACCGAGACUUCCAGUAAUAUGCAUGAGAAAGCCGGGUUCAGACUGCAAAGAUGACUUAAAGCCUUACUUUGAGUAUGGUCCCUACUGCUUAGCUGCCAUUAAUGGAGCUUUGGAAUACAACAAAAUUGAAGGAACCUGUCAUCCAGAUAAAGUUGCACCCAUUAAAGAUGAUGACAUGAAGAAGUAUGUUAAGCUAGCUGCGAGGAAUUCAUUUCUUGGUGGUGCAGUGUACAUUGACUUUUGGGACUAUGGAAAAAGUAAUUUCUUCUCCGAUGGUGCGGUAGCUGCUCCAAAAGAGUUGUGGGACGAGGGUGAACCGAGAGAAGGCUACAAAUGCUCAGGUUUGGGAAUAACUCCGGAUGGCACCCUUAAACUUAGAACAAUGAGCUGCGACUUCUAUUCAACUUCUUUGUGUGAACUCAUGAGUGCCGAUAACGACAAGGAAGAAGAGUAGGAAGAGGCUCAAGUGAAGUUACUGACUCCAGCUCUUCCAUUUUCUAAUAGCUUAUAAGCAAGUAUUAAUCUCACCAAUGAUAAUAAAAAACAUGGACUACUAUCAUUUCUGACACGCGGCACAUGUCAGAUUUACAGGAGAUCUUUAUUUUACUACUUUAAUUACAUUAAUAUUUAAUUGUAUUAAUAUUUUUAUAAAAGGGUGUUUAUGAUACUAAAUUAUACCGUGUUGUAUAAAUAAAAAAGUUAUUA